CUCGUUUGACAGCGCGUGGCGUCCCGUCCCCCCCGCUAUCCCCUGCCAGCGCACCAUGGCGGAGCUGUGUCCCCUGGCCGACGAGCUGUCGUGCUCCAUCUGCCUGGAGCUGUUCAACCUGCCGGUGACCACGCCGUGCGGCCACAACUUCUGCGGGUCGUGCCUGGACGAGACCUGGGCGGUGCAGGGCGCCCCGUACAGCUGCCCGCAAUGCCGCGCCGUCUACCGCGCCCGGCCGCAGCUGCAGAAGAACACGGUGCUGUGCGCCAUCGUGGAGCAGUUCACGCAGGCCGAGGUGGCCCAGGAGGCGCUGCCCGAAGGCUGGACGCCCCCCCUCCCGCCGCCCGCGCCCCCCGUGGCCCCCGUGACCUGCGACCUGUGCCUAAAGGAGGCGGCCGUCAAGACCUGUCUGGUGUGCAUGGCCUCCUUCUGCCAGGAGCACCUGAAGCCGCACCUCAACAGCCCCGCUUUCCGCGACCACCCGCUGCAGCCUCCGGUCAGCAAUCUGAUGCUCCGAAAAUGCCCGCAGCACAACCGUCUGCGGGAGCUCUUCUGCCCCGAGCAUAACCAGUGCAUCUGUCACGUCUGCCUGGUGGAGCACAAGACCUGCUCGCCCUUGGCCCUGGCCCAGGCCAGCGCCCAACUGGAGGCCAAGCUGAAAAAUAAACUGAGCAUCAUAUAUGGCCAGAUCAAUGGUGCAGAGGUGGCGCUGGAGGAUGUGCGAAGCAAGCAGCAGAUGGUACAGGAAGCUGCACAGAAGAAGCUGGAGCAGGUUAAAAAAGACUUUGUGGAUAUGAAGCUUCUCCUCGAAGCCUCGGAAGCCGGCUCAACGCGAAAGAUCGUGGAAGAGGUGAAGAGGGUCAGCAACAAGUUUGACAGUAUCUACCAGAUCCUUCUCAAGAAGCAGAAAGAAAUGAGAACCACGAAGGAGGAGAUUGAACUUGCUCUGGCCAAGGGUGAUGAGUUGGAGUUUCUAGAGAAAGCGGGAAAGCUGCAAACAGUGAACACCAAGUCCGUCUACGUGCCUAAGGUGGAAUUGAACCAGGAGCUGAUGAAGGAGGUUUGCCAGAGCUCCUCAGAACUCAAAAACGAACUGAAGUGUUGCCUCAAGAAUUUCCAAGACAAGAAGAAGCCAGAGGAGUCCACCAGCUCAGCUGCUGCUGCUGCUGCCUCCCCCAGCAAGGCCCCCACUUUUGGAGCCCCAGGACAAUCAUUGGAUCCAAAGCAAGCUCACCCAGAUGCUGCAGCUCAAACUUUGCCCACACAGCCGAACUUGAAUGUUCUCAAGAUGAAGGUGCUGGAGGCCUUCUUGGCCAAGAGAAGAGCUGAACUCAUGGAAUAUGCUACUAAGGUCAUUCUGGACUAUAACACUGUACACAUCAAGGUGGUACUGUCAGAGAACUACACUGUCGCAACUGCAGUGGACUUACCGCAGAAAUACCAUCCACACCCCCAGCGGUUCCUGUACGAGUGUCCUCAGGUGCUGGGCCUGCACUGCUACAAAAAGGGAGUCCACUACUGGGAAGUAGAACUGCACAAUAACAGCUUCUGUGGGGUGGGCAUCUGCUACGGUCGCAUGGACCGCCAGGGUACACAGAGCCGUCUGGGCCGCAACAACGUCUCCUGGUGCGUGGAGUGGUUCAACUCGGAGAUCUCCAGCUGGCACAACAAUGUGAAGAAAACCCUGCCCCCUACCAAGGCCAAGCGGGUGGGCGUACUUCUCAACUGCGACUACGGUUUUGUCAUCUUCUUCGCGGUGACGGAGAAGCUCCAUCUGCUGUAUAAGUACCGGGUAGACUUUGAGGAGGCUCUGUACCCGGCCUUCUGGGUCUUCUCUGCUGGCACUUCUCUCUCUAUCUGCUCCAAUUAGAAUUGAGACUAUGACCUUCCUGAAUCCCCUGACUCUUGCAGGGACAGUGCUAUAUGGGCAAAUCUCUCAGAGGUUCCCCAAGAGGCCUGAAAGGUUAAAUGGGGCUAGAGGGCGCUGAUGGAAGGUGAGGGGGUUGGGGUGACGGGAUUGACA